AUGUCGUCCGCGAACACCAACGGCUCCCCCCUGAGCUUCGGCAAGCGAUAUGCUGUGCUGAACCUUGAUUUCAUGAACAUCCUGUUCGACAUUGCCAAGGGCACGCCUGAGGGAACGAAAUUCGUGGCCAACUGUACUCGUUGGGUCGAUGCGGUGCAUAAGCGGGAUCCUCGACCCCUAAACAUCUUCACGACUCUGUACUUUACGAGCCCUUCUCAGGCUGAGCUUCCGGCAGAAGCCCCCUUUACCAGGCUGGUCAAUGGGUUUACUACUUUUGAUGAACAUAAUCCUGGCGUCAAGGUACCUGAGUAUAUGAACGUGGAUGAACAGGAUGUUGUCCUUCAGAAGAUACGAUGGUAUGGCGGCGCAGGGAAUAAGCUGGAAGAUAUUCUCAAGAAGAACGAUAUCGACACCGUUGUCAUUUCUGGUCUUAGUCUCUCCGGUGUCGUAAUGAGUACGGUCUAUCGACUGUUUGAUUUGGACUACAAAAUCAUUGUGAUUUCGGACAACUUGUUGGAAAUGCCAGUAUCCCAGCAUGAGCAAUUUGCCGCUGUAUUUUUGGAUCAUCUCAUGCCGAAAAUGAACCUCAAGGUCAUUACACUCGAAGAGGCAUUAGAGGCCCUUGAGCGUUCUUAG